GGGGGAAGACUUUAACUAGGGGUGCGCAGAUGUGUGAGACCUUUUAUUGUAAGAGUGGACAGACAUCCCAGAUUUCAGAGCCCCAUAUUCGAACCCCGUGGGAUCCCGCGGCCCCCAGCGAGCGCCAGCAUGCAGAACAGUCACAGCGGAGUGAAUCAGCUCGGUGGUGUCUUUGUCAACGGGCGGCCACUGCCGGACUCCACCCGGCAGAAGAUCGUAGAGCUAGCUCACAGCGGGGCCCGGCCGUGCGACAUUUCCCGAAUUCUGCAGACCCAUGCAGAUGCAAAAGUCCAAGUGCUGGACAAUCAAAACGUGUCCAACGGAUGUGUGAGUAAAAUUCUGGGCAGGUAUUACGAGACUGGCUCCAUCAGACCCAGGGCGAUCGGUGGUAGUAAACCGAGAGUAGCGACUCCAGAAGUUGUAAGCAAAAUAGCCCAGUAUAAGCGGGAGUGCCCGUCCAUCUUUGCUUGGGAAAUCCGAGACAGAUUACUGUCCGAGGGGGUCUGUACCAACGAUAACAUACCAAGUGUGUCAUCAAUAAACAGAGUUCUUCGCAACCUGGCUAGCGAAAAGCAACAGAUGGGCGCAGACGGCAUGUAUGACAAACUAAGGAUGUUGAACGGGCAGACUGGAAGCUGGGGCACCCGCCCGGGUUGGUAUCCGGGGACUUCGGUGCCAGGGCAACCUACGCAAGAUGGCUGCCAGCAACAGGAAGGAGGGGGAGAGAAUACCAACUCCAUCAGUUCCAAUGGAGAAGAUUCAGACGAGGCCCAGAUGCGACUUCAGCUGAAGCGGAAGCUGCAGAGAAAUAGAACAUCCUUUACCCAAGAGCAAAUUGAGGCCCUGGAGAAAGAGUUUGAGAGAACCCAUUAUCCGGAUGUGUUUGCCAGAGAAAGACUAGCAGCCAAAAUCGAUCUACCUGAAGCAAGAAUACAGGUAUGGUUUUCUAAUCGGAGGGCCAAAUGGAGAAGGGAAGAAAAACUGAGGAACCAGAGGAGACAGGCCAGCAACACCCCCAGUCACAUCCCCAUCAGCAGUAGCUUCAGCACCAGUGUCUACCAACCUAUCCCACAACCCACCACACCUGUUUCCUCCUUCACCUCGGGCUCCAUGUUGGGCCGGACAGACACCGCCCUUACCAACACGUACAGCGCCCUGCCGCCUAUGCCCAGCUUCACCAUGGCGAAUAACCUGCCUAUGCAACCCCCAGUCCCCAGCCAGACCUCCUCGUACUCCUGCAUGCUGCCCACCAGCCCUUCGGUGAACGGGCGGAGUUAUGACACCUACACCCCCCCACAUAUGCAGACACACAUGAACAGUCAACCGAUGGGCACCUCGGGCACCACUUCCACAGGACUCAUUUCCCCUGGUGUGUCAGUUCCAGUUCAAGUUCCUGGAAGUGAACCUGAUAUGUCUCAGUAUUGGCCAAGAUUACAGUAAAAAAAAAAAAAAAAAGGAUAUAUUGUGUUAAUUCAGUCAGUGACUAUGUGGACACAACAGUUGGGCGUUCAGGAAGGAAAGAAAAAUGGUUGUUAGAAGCACUUCAGUUCUGCAAUUGUGUCCUGUAUUGUACCACUGGGGAAUGGACUUGAAACAAGGACCUUUGUAUACAGAAGGCACGAUAUCAGUUGGAACAAAUCUUCAUUUUGGUAUCCAAACUUUUAUUCAUU